AUGUUGUUUGUUGCAGGUGGUGGUUGGUGGGCGUUGGCUAGUAACGCACGUCUUUAUUUUGAAGAUGACUAUAGUAGCAAGCGCAUUGGCAGUUGGUGUGCAGUGGAUAGAAACCCGCAGUGGCUGAAAAUUGACUUGGGUCAGAUGAAAACCAUCACCGGAAUCGCCACCCAAGGUUAUAAACUGAAAGUCAUAAUUGCACUGUACACAUACACUGUAAAUAAGAAAGCUCUCUUUUAGCCCUAAGAGUGGGGCCGUUUCGGUGAGUCCAAUACAGUCCUAUUUUUGGCGUCUAAUUUGGCUUCCUUAAACAGGGCCAAUACAGUUUAAUUACCUAGGGCUGAUUUGGACCCAAAGGCUAAAGUGAGUCCCAGCGUGGGCGGGAACAGCUUUGAUGGGGCUGUUUGGGUGUAAAUUGUGCUCAAAUGACUCGAGGAGAUCCUGAAUCAGACUCUGGCCUGAGAGGCUGAAGUGGCACUUUGGGGCUGGAAAAGAUCUUUUUAAUUUACAGAGUAGGUUAACCUUGUGUUUCUCGCAGGAGUAAAAAAUCUGAAGCUUGUCCGAUGAUCUCUGAGCUUAGUCGGAAAUCUCAGUAUUAACAGCAAUAAGAAAUAGCAGGAAAUCAUUUAUAUAGCGCAUCAUAUAUAUCCUUUCCGUUUAUGGCGCUUUACGAUAUAAAGGAGGCGUUCGUUAAAGACUUAAAAAAGAAUCAAUCACGUAACAUGUGUAGGGUGCUCGUCUGGGGUCUUGCCUUAAAGAACGACUUGUUCCAAUUCAAUUUAACUUAUUCUUUUCUUAGGACGUGACGUAUUUACCGAACAUGUCGCGAACUACGAGCUUGCCUUCAGUGCUGACGGCAGCACGUGGAAGAACUACGAGGAAAAUGGACGAUCAAGGGUGAGAUUAAUCUGGUACAAGGAACUAAACAUUAUAUGGGCUUAGUGUCUUUUAAAACAAAAUAAUAUUUUACCCUGUCUCAGGCUUUCCUCCCCUUUACAAAGUUGAAAAUCAUUAAAGUUUAAGCGUUGCAAAAUUAAAGCAAGCCUUUUAAACAGCAAGCGAGGGGUUUAUACUGUCGAUACUAAUAAGAAAAUCAGAGAAGUUCCAAGGAUUUUUAGCUGAUGUUGUUGCUAUCAUUCACGGUUAGAUUGUACUUAAGCUUUAACGUAUUUUCGUAUCUAGGUAUGUGACGGUAACUGUGACAACUUCACACCGGUUUUAAACAGGUUUAAUCCGGUUCAAGCUCGUUACGUGAAAGUGCUGCCCCAUGAUAAUCCUUCCUCCUGGGUGUGUAUGAGGGUUGAGCUGUAUGGUUGUGACCCUUGA